UGUGGAUUGACUCGCAGUUCUAACGGUCCUAAAACGAUUUUGUCUUGUGUAGCUUCAGUCGCUGAAAAAUUCAGGAAACAUGUAUCGGCUCUUUGUGACGAUGACGGUAAUCACGAUAAUCAACUUCGCGUCAAUCAACGCGAAGUUGCAUAGUAUUCCGUUACACAAGACAUUCUCUGUUGAAAAAUUUUCGACGGAAACUAUGAUACGACACCGUUCGGGUACGGCAACCGUACCUCUGGUUAAUUGGAGAAAUAUUCAAUACUACGGUACUAUCGAAAUUGGAACUCCACCGCAGACAUUUAAAAUACUUUUCGACACUGGUUCCUCGGAUCUCUGGAUACCAUCCAAAAACUGCAACGUCAACCAACCUGCUUGCU